GGUGUGGGAAGCGCGGCCGUCUGGGUGGCCUGAGGGCCAGGGGACUGGAAUAGGUCACCCGGGAAGGGGGUGGUGACAAAGAAGGAAGGGGACCACCCAGAGUUGGGGGUGUCCGACAGGGAGAGGUGUGCCCGGAAGGGGCCCCGCGAAGGACCUCCCUUGCCCCCGGGGCUUUGGGCUGGACACAGGCGGCCUUGCCGCCAACCCCGAGGACUCAGGGUCGCGUCUUCCCCUCAGGAACGCCGCUGCCUCUGCAGCGGGGGACGCAGGGUCCGGAAUCCCCUUGGGGGAGGGGCCCCUUGUUGUGGGCAGGGGCGCCGGGGCCACCCGGUGUGAGCGUCACCGCCCCACGCACCCUCCCUGCUCUGUGACGAGGUGGUGGCGGCCGGUGUUGGCCUGUCCCCCACUGGUCUCAGUCCGGGGCCUGGAGCCGGAGUGCACAAUGACCGUCCUCCAGAGGCUCAUGCGGGCGCUCGGGCACUGCGUUCCCGCCAGCCGCUGGGGGCCCACGCUGGCCGAGGCCGAGGGCGGUGUGCACGGCCUGGCCACCAGCGCUCGCGCCCGCGCCAAAUUCUACGCGGAUCCCAUGGAGGCCGUCAAAGACAUCGUGGACAGGGCCAAGAUCAUGGUCAGCGGCUUCGGGCUCUGCGGGAUUCCAGAGAACCUGAUUCAGGCGCUGCUCCGCACGCGUGUCAGCUUGACCGUGGUCAGCAGCAAUGUGGUGGACGAUUUUGGGCCGGGCCUGUUACUGGAGGCCAAGCAGAUCGCCCGCCUCAUCUGCUCCUACGUGGGGGAGAACACGCUGUGCGAGCGCCGGUACCUGGCGGGCGAGCUGGAGCUGGAGCUGACGCCCCAGGGCACCCUGGCCGAGCGCAUCCACGCCGGGGGCACCGGGGUGCCCGCCUUCUACACGCCAAUGGCCUACAGGACCCUGGUUCAGGAGGGAGGCGCCCCCAUCAGGUCCGCGCCCGACGGCCACAUCGCCAUCAUGAGCCAGCCCCGAGAGGUGAGGGAGUUCCACUGGCACCACUAUCUUCUGGAGUAGGCCAUCACUGCUGAUUUUGCUUUGGUGAAGGGGUGGAAAGCCGACCACGCCGGGAACGUCAUCUUCAGAAAAAGCGCCAGGAAUUUCAACGUGCCCAUGUGCAAAGCUGCGGAAACCUCCGUGGUGGAGGUGGAAGAAAUCGUGGAUGUGGGGACCUUUGCCCCCGAAGACAUCCACAUUCCUAACAUUUAUGUCGACCGCGUGAUUCAGGGAGAAAAACACGAGAAAAGAAUUGAGCAUCUAGCCCUCAGGAAGGAGCACGAUGAAAAAGCCGAGUCUGCAGAUGACCCCGGGGCCCGAAUUGUCAAGAGGGCAGCUCUUGAAUUUGAGGAUGGCAUGUAUGCCAAUCUGGGCAUAGGAAUCCCGCUCCUGGCCAGCAACUACAUCAGCCCGGACAUGACUGUUCAUCUUCACAGUGAACAUGGCAUCCUGGGCUUGGGGCCGUUCCCACCCAAAGAUGAGGUGGAUGCAGAUCUCAUCAACACGGGCAAGCAGACGGUGAGCAUUUUUCCCAGGGGCUGUUUCUUCUCCAGCGAUGACUCAUUCACCAUGAUUCGAGGGGGGCACCUCAACCUCACCAUGCUGGGAGCCAUGCAGGUCUCCAAAUACGGUGACCUGGCUAACUGGAUGAUACCCGGGAAGAAGGUGAAAGGCAUGGGGGGGGGGGAGGGGAUGGAUUUGGUGUCCAGUCCCAAGACCAGAGUGGUGGUCACCAUGGCGCACUGCACCAAGGCCAACGAACCCCAAAUCUCGGAGAAGCAUACCAUGCCGCUGACUGGGAAGCGCUGUGUGGACCGGAUCAUCACUGACAAGGCCGUGUUCGACGUGCACAAGAAGAAAGGCCUGACGCUGAUUGAGCUCUGGGACGGGCUGACCGUGGACGACGUCACAGAGCACGGGCAGCCCUUCACCAUGUCACCGAACCUCAGACCCAUGCAGCAGGUGGCCGCCUGACCCGGGAAAGGAAGCCCUGGUAGAGGGUGUGUUUCAUUUUCGCCGCUGCCUCUCACCCAGAGGGGGUGUCAUCACGCCUGUCCGUUCGUCUGACCGGUUCUCCUGGCGUCUCAGACUCGGCUACCGCCAGACAGACUAUUCUCUCAAGAGGAACAUGGCUUUAAUUAAAAACAAAAGGAGAUC